GGCGCCAGAGUGGAGUCUCGGCUGGCUACCACCCCCUGGACCUAACUGGCUAGCCCUGGGUUCCCCUGGCAUCCUCUGAGGGAACGACUGCCCAAGGUUUCGAGAUCUGGGGAUACUUGGCUAGACAGUUCAGGUGGCCAGGAACUCUGCCAGCUUUGGUGUGACCUUGGGUAAGUCUGUGGCUCAGUUCGUGCACCACGAGUGUGCAGGAAAGGGGUGGUUGAGAUGACUAGGAUGCCCCCCUUGGGGCAGUCGAUGGGCAAGGAUUCUGGGCAGAGCUGGAGUGGGACCAGGCUACUAUUAAGAGACGGGCACCGGCGGCGUCCCAGGUGGGUGGGCACAGGGUAGGCGUUCGCGCACGCGGGGAAUAGGAGCCCGUGGACCCGCCAGGUCCUGGGCUUAGUCCCUCAGAAUCACGCCUGCCAUCCAGUCCCAGGUACGAAACAGGGGCACUACCUCUUUAAACGCGUCCGGGGCUGAGCCUCUGCCACACCAUGUGAUUGCUUGAAAGGCCGGGCUGGGAGCGCAGCGGCGGGAGCCUGGAGAACGAUGAGCCGAUGUGCGCUCGGUGCCCAGAGCCCAGCCCUGCCCGGCGCGGCUCCGGAAAGCCUCCCGGGGAACUUGGGGCAACGCCUUUGGGACCCCCUACUGGCUGGCAGGCAGGAUGGUGAGCUCUUUGCCUCCGGGUCGGCGGACACCUGUGGGCAUUGUGGAUGCACAGGGGAUCCUUGUGGAGUAAGUGUAGUUAGUGGGAGCUACCUCACACCUGAUACAAAAGCCAGUGGUGGAGUGAGGGCUGCUAUUUUAAGUUGCUGAAUGGAACCUCUAAGGACAAGGGGAGGGGACAGAGGUUAAGCAGAUAGUGAGCCUGAGUGCCUGGCCAGUCUGGGCAGGCACUGCAUCCGCUUACUGAGGCACAUCUUCGCAGGGCUGCCUAUGUUCCCCUCCUUCCCAGGCUGGCAUCCCCACCGCAGGCUUCCUGACCACAGGUGCUGGCCUCGUGCCCCAGGGCGCCUGUCUGCUGAUGUGCCCAGCUCCUGCCCACCAUGCCGCCCUACAUCUCGGCCUUCCAGGCUGCCUACAUUGGCAUCGAGGUGCUCAUUGCAUUGGUCUCUGUGCCCGGAAAUGUACUGGUGAUUUGGGCUGUGAAGGUGAACCAGGCACUUCGCGAUGCCACCUUCUGCUUCAUCGUAUCCCUGGCGGUAGCUGAUGUGGCCGUUGGCGCCCUGGUCAUCCCACUGGCUAUCCUUAUCAACAUUGGGCCACAGACCUACUUCCACACCUGCCUCAUGGUGGCCUGUCCUGUCCUCAUCCUCACCCAGAGCUCUAUCCUGGCUCUGCUUGCUAUCGCUGUGGAUCGAUACCUCCGAGUCAAGAUCCCUCUCCGGUACAAGACAGUGGUGACUCAGCGGCGGGCAGCAGUGGCCAUAGCUGGCUGCUGGAUUCUCUCCCUUGUGGUAGGCCUGACACCCAUGUUUGGUUGGAACAACCUGAGUGCGGUGGAGCAAGCCUGGAUAGCCAAUGGCAGUGUUGGGGAGCCCGUGAUCAAGUGUGAGUUUGAGAAGGUUAUCAGCAUGGAGUACAUGGUCUACUUCAACUUCUUUGUCUGGGUGCUGCCACCACUGCUCCUCAUGGUUCUCAUCUACCUGGAGGUCUUCUACCUGAUCCGAAAGCAGCUCAACAAAAAGGUGUCAGCCUCCUCUGGUGACCCCCAGAAGUACUACGGGAAGGAACUCAAGAUCGCCAAGUCGCUGGCCCUCAUCCUCUUCCUCUUUGCCCUCAGCUGGCUACCACUGCACAUCUUGAACUGUAUCACCCUCUUCUGCCCCACCUGCGAGAAACCCAGCAUCCUGAUCUACAUUGCCAUCUUCCUCACACAUGGCAACUCGGCCAUGAACCCUAUCGUCUAUGCCUUCCGAAUCCACAAGUUUCGGGUCACCUUUCUGAAGAUUUGGAAUGACCACUUCCGAUGCCAGCCCAAACCUCCCAUUGAUGAAGACCUCCCAGAGGAGAAAGCUGAUGACUAGACUCUGCCUUGCUCCGUCCAGCCCACACCCGUGGCUCUCUGUUUAAUCCCCAUGUCCUCCCUGUCCCCCCGUCCCACUGUUCCUCCUCAGCUUUCCCAGCUGGGAUAUGGGCUGUGGACACCAGGGAGGCUCUGAAGAGAUACCAUGGAAUAGGGCUCCUUCUAUAAGAAGCUAGCUGCCCUGUACCUUGGGGACCUGGAGGAGGCUUGGAGGUGGGGCGGGCUAUGGCAGAGAACUGGGUACCCUGAGGUGAGAAGAGAGUCUUGUGUGCCCCAUUCCUGGCUGUUCUCUGAGCCAGGGUUAGAAUAUUCUGGCUCCUACAGUCAGACAGGGGAGCCUGCUAUUAGGUGUUGGUGGCCCAAGGGACCGACUUCAAGGUGAGGAAGACAGUCCCUUAGCAGUGGAAGAUAGAGAGAAAUGGAUAUGUCCCGGCUUUGCUGUCUCUCCUGUUCUGUAGGAGAAGAUAGUGAACCACAGGGAAGGAGACCUCAGCCCCUCCUCCAAGAAUUGUGCCACGCAGAUCCAGACCCCGAGAAGCCCCAGGUUGUACUUGAGAGAGGCAGAAAGAAUGGGUCCAGGGAUUGUCUCUCACAUUUGCUUUUUUCACAGCCUGGGACUCCCAGUGGGCCACAGAGUCCUUGGGAAUAAAAAUAGUUCAGAAGGUGCUGGCCUCAAAUAGCCAGCAGGGGGCAGCACUGAGCCCUCCUUGCCCUGAACUUUCUGGGAGUCUCCAGUGUAAUUUUCUGUCUGGGCCACCAAGCUUCACCAACUCUCAGAGCAGGCUUGGACUCUCCUGAGGGACACCAUCUCUGCAUUUAAGCCCCAGGAGAAGAGAUUCCCCAGGAAGGACAACCCUUGGGAGCAUGCUGCCUGAGAGAGGGAGGAGGGGAAGAAAGCGUCCAAGAAGAUCUCAGGUGACCAUGGGCACCCCUGUUGUGAAGUGUGAAAGGCCAGACCAGACCAAAGGAGACUGCUGUCUUCAGUGUGAGGAAGUGCCUUGCUGGCAUUUAAAUAUCCAAAAAACGCUCCUGGAGGUGGAUCUAGCUCAGAAGUGUUACAAAUAGAGUGUAGGCUUUUUUUUUUUUUUUUUUGGGGGGGGGGUGUGUCUCAGGUAGGACCAAUUUUUACUCUGCUGAGCCUGGAUGUCUUCCUUGUAUGGACAGCAGGCAGAGGAGGGUGUCAGGUUCCCUCCUCCUUGGAGGGUGAAUAUUGACUCCAAGUCUUGAUUCCAGGCUCUUCCCUCAGUGGGAGGUAAGGUAUCCCUGACUCUCAAGGAGGCCCCUAUGUCUAAUAAAAGAUUGUGAAACCCUG